AUGAGCAAUUAACAUUGAAUGUGAUAUAAUAGUGUGUCUUCUCAAAAGAAAUAUUCUCCAUUAGUGUUGAGGGCGUGGUUUCAGACUAACAAUAAAUAACUUUUACCCCUUUGUACGACACAGUAUCGGUUAACACGAUGUCAUUGUUUUCUAGAUGGUGGGUACGUUCGAUGCUUCCACGCACUUCUUUGUGGUGUGUAUGUGUGGUUCGUACGAAAUGUAAUGUCACAUUUCAGAGGCUGAACGGUAUUUCUUCCUUGUGUGUACAGUGUCAAAUACCACAGAGAAUAUUGACAAUGGCGGGAGUAAAUAGAGAGACGAUUCAGAAACAAAUUCAGCAGGACUGGGCUAAUAGAGAAUAUAUUGAAGUUAUUACUGGAAGUAUAAAAAAAAUUACGGAUUUUCUCAAUUCGUUUGACAUGUCUUGUCGCUCUCGGCUUGCUGUGCUGAAUGAAAAGCUGACAACAUUAGAAAGGAGAGUGGAAUAUCUUGAAGCACGUGUCACAAAAGGGGAGACACUGACAUAGGAUGAACAAGAACGGCAUUCUGUUGGAACUAUAUAUUUAUGAUGAUCCGUGUUUAUUACAAAAUGUAUUUGUUUUGCAAGUACAAGAUCCCUGACGUUGAAAAUUUGCAUUAAUGUGAUUUCAUAUGGCUGUUUUAAUUUACUUCUUUUUUAUGGAGAUUCAGAGUAAUGAAACUGUCUAAAAAGUUAUGAUUCCUAAACAACUGAAAUGGACAGAAUCACAUUACAUAUUUUUCAAUGAAAACUUAAGGUAACUAAACCAGAAAAGUAAUGUCAAGUUACAUGACCAUCGUAAGGAAUGCAAUUAUAACAUGUCAGGGGAUACCUGUAUCUCUGAAUGUUCACUGAUGUUCAGAAAUACAAACAGUUUUAAAGUAAAAUAAAUAUAGUCAUGUCAAACAGUUGUGCUCUUCACUUGGACACACAAUAGACUACAGCAAAAGGCAAUAAUAACGAGAAUUUAUAACACCAUGCGAAAUUAAUAUUAUACUGAACACUCAGUUCACAUAACCUAAAACUAUAUGAAUUUUUACCCCCCCCCAAAAAAAAGGAAUACUGGCAGUUAUCUCACUGUAAAUUGUGAAACUGCAGACAUUUAUAAGGGAUUUAAGUUAUUCUGCAAUAUCUGAAGUACUUGUAUGUGUGUGUGUGAAUCAUACUGUUGAAUUUGAACUCCAGAUGCAAGAAUUUGCAUGAGUUUAAUUUAAUGACACUGACUGUUCAUGAAUAUCAUGAAUAUGAUAAUGGAAUCACCACUUACAUGGUACUAGCCAUCAAAUAAACAAUGGUCCCUGUACAGUCUAGCACUGAAAUGCAGUUCUACUUAGGACCGAGCCCAAGUAUUUUUCUGCCUUGUGGUCUUCCUCCACUGGAGUGCAGUCCUAUUAAAACCUUUAUAUGAAUGUUUAGUGCUAAAACACAAGAACUGCCACAACUGACAUAAGCUUAACAUUUCACUGUUAUAAGCAAGUUUGUACACUCCUGCAGAUACUUAGUGAUUGGCACAAUCUAAAAAGAAAACUAUUGAAAAUUUAUAUAUUGAAGAAAACGAAUGCAAUGAAAGCUAACAAAUGAGUCAUUCAGCAGUUGUAUUCGGGCAUGACAGUAUAAAUCACUUGAUAAUGCCCAUCACUACACCUGGGAUAGGGAAAGAAUGAACAAUGGUGGUGGGGGCUUUAAGUCUGCUGCCUGCUUUUCCAUUCUAUGUACUCUGCACACCAUCCCCCUGUCAGCAGCUCACGUUCACUUCCCUGCCUUAAGGAGGAGCUGUUUACUUAAUUAUUAUUCAUUGCUGUAAUUGGUACUGUCAUUGACUUCCAUAAAAUACACAAUUUUGGUAGUAAAUAUAAUUAGCUGAUGUUUAUAAAAUGAAAUUGCAUGAUUUGCCAGUUGAAUUUCAUAACAGAUCCAAGUGGUCCAGCAACAAACAGAGAACCCAGAGACAGUGAGUCUACAGGCAGAA